AUGCGAAGUCUACUAAACUUCGUUCUUCUUCUUUUAAUCAGGAUAGCAACUUCUGAAGAAAAAACAAGUUGCAUUGAAAUUGAAAAAGGAUUCACUGAUGGUCAGAAAACACACGAAAAGCAAAUUUGCAUUUGCGCAGACGGUGGAAUUUUCAGCAGUUCAGGAUUUUCAAUUGAAUGUGAAUCAGCUCCGAUUUCAACCAUCUCUUCGAAUCUGUCCACAUUGAAUGGAACUUCUGUGGGUCGGCUCACGAUCAGAGAUGCAGUAGUCAACACUCUUCCACUUGAUGUCUUUGAUAACGUUCGUGCCAAACACCUGAAAUUCGAGGGUUGCGGGCAACUAACUCUCCAACCGAAAUCAUUCAUUGCUCUCGGAGAUUCUCUUGAAAUAUUGGCCCUCCGUGAUAAUGAAAUCAAAAGAUUAGAAAAAGGACUUUUCGCCGGUCUUACCAAUGUCAAAACUCUUGAUUUGGCAAUGAAUAAAAUUGAGGAAAUAGAUUUCGGAGUAUUCGAAGAUCUGGAAAGGGUCGAGGAUAUUCUUUUGAAUGGAAAUGUGAUCCCGGAAUUGAAGGCUGGACUGUUCAAUGGACUCAAGAAUAUGAAGAAGUUGUCAAUUCAAUCAUGUGGAUUAGAAAAAAUUGAAAAAGGAGCAUUCAAAGGACUUGAAAACCUGGAGCAACUCAUUCUAUCCCAUAAUAAUAUCCAAAAUAUCGACUGGACAAUAUUCUCAAAUCUCAAAAACCUUCGUGUACUCGAUCUGGGAUCCAAUUUUAUCUCGAAUGUGGAAUUAAAAGGUUUCCCAAAACUUGAGAAGUUAGUGCUCAAUAACAAUACAAUUGAUUCGAUGAAGGCGAUUAAACUCAAAGAACUCCCAUCUCUCGUUAUUGCUCUGUUCGAUCGUAACAAGAUCCAGUCCAUAAAUGAUAUGGAUAUGUUUGGAUUAACAAGAUCUGAUCGGAUUGAGACAAUGUCUCUUGCAUGGAAUAAUUUGAGUCAAAUCAGUUCAAAAGCAUUUCAACACACUCCAAACUUGAUAACUCUUCUUCUCCAACACAAUCAUAUCGAGGAUCUUUCAACCAAUACUUCCACUUCGAUUCGGAUUCCAUUCCUCACAAUUCUCAAAAAACUUGCAACUCUUCAACUCUCUGCCAAUAACCUCUCUAUAAUUCGAGCCGAUGAACUUCCAAAAUCUUUAAUCAAUUUAGCUCUUGAUCAUAAUGUAAUCACUAAAAUUGAAGCGAGAGCUCUCGAAGGAAUGGCUAUCAAAAAACUAUAUCUCCAUAGCAAUAGACUGAGCUAUUUAUAUCGUGGAACUUUCGAUUCAUUUGCUCCAUCUUCUGUUGAAGCAAUUGAUGUUUCUUCUAAUACAUGGCAAUGUAUUUGUAAUGAUCCAAGAGAAUGGUUGCCACGAUGGAUAUCUGAAGCAGAGGAAUCAGAUGUAUCAGAAGGACCAAUAGGAUGUUUAGCCAUUCCAAGAUGUGGAAUAGAAAUGGAUCCAAACAAGGCAGAAAAGGAAGAAGUAGUGAGAUCAGGAUGGAUUACUGUAGCUGCUACCAUUUUGACAGUUAUCACAAUCAUCAUUAUGGUCAUUAUUGCUAUGCUCUACUUUAAGGAUUACAAUUAUCAGUUCACACUUCGAGGACGUCGUUCGGAUUCGGAUCUUCAUAAACUGAUUGAAAAUGAUCCAUUGAAUAUUCAAUCAGAUUCGAUUCUUGUGGUUCCAGCAAUGCCGAAACGAAAUACUGGACCGAAAAAGACAGUACGAUUCGAGAGUUUUCAAUAA